AUGGAGUACCAUCCCGGUAAGGCCAACGUUAUGGCUGAUACUCUUAGUCGUAGAGCGAUGACUGAUUUGAGAGCAAAGUUUGCCCGUUUGAGUUUUUUUGAUGAUGAUAGUCUAUUGGCUGAGUUGCAGGUUAAACCAACUUGGGUUGAUCAGAUUCGAGCUAAACAAUUGAGAGAUGAGUCUUUAGUUUCUCGUUUUCGUCAAAUUGAGGAUGGUGAGACUUUUGAUUUUGAAUUAAACAACGAUGGGGUUCUGUGUUUCAAGGGUCAGAUCUGUGUGUCUAAUGAUGUUCAUUUGAGGCAAUUGAUUAUGCGGGAAGCGCAUAGUAGCCUUUAUCCUAUGCAUCCCGAUGAGAAUAAGAUGCAUAAAGAUAACCGAGAAUUAUACUAG